AGAAAGGCUGACUAUUUAAUUUACACUCAAAGACUUGACAGAGAACGUUUUUCAACACACCUGCUGCCAAGGAUGGCUCUCUUGAUUCUGACAUUGGUCACUUUGCCCUGUGUUGGCUGUGUCUAUGGACAAGAAAGCUACGCAGGUGAAAACAUCACCCGCAUUCUGGACCGACUACUAGAUGGAUAUGACAACUGGUUGCGACCAGGAUCCGGAGGUAUGGUCACAGAGGUGAAAACAGAUAUCUUUGUCACCAGCUUUGGCCCAGUGUCAGAUGUGGAAAUGGAGUACACCAUCGACAUGUUCUUCCGACAGACCUGGGUGGACGAGAGGCUGAAGUACGACGGCGCCGUGGAGAUCCUGAGUCUCAACAACAAGAUGGUGGAUAAAAUCUGGACACCCGACACGUUCUUCAGGAACUCCAGGAAGUCCAUCGCCCACAACAUGACCACUCCCAACAAGCUGUUCCGCAUCAUGCAGAACGGGACCGUCCUCUAUACCAUGAGACUAACCAUUGUUGCUGAGUGUCCCAUGAGGCUCAUGGACUUCCCUAUGGACGGACAUAUAUGUCCUCUGCGGUUCGGCAGCUAUGGGUACACGAACAGUGAGAUCACCUUUACCUGGAGGAAGGGUCUGGAAGCUUCUGUAGACUGUCCUCAGGAGUCUAUCAGUCUGCUACAGUAUGACCUGGUGGGACAGAAGUUAUCCACGGAGACAUUCAAGUCCAACACAGGUGACUACUCUGUCAUGGUAGUCCAUUUUCUACUACAGAGGAAGCUAGGCUACUACCUGAUUCAGACGUACAUCCCUCUGAUUAUGGUGGUGGUGCUGUCGCAAGUAGCCUUCUGGAUCAACAAAGAGUCUGUCCCUGCACGCACUGUGGCUAGCAUCACCACGGUCCUCACCAUGACAACCCUCAGCAUCAGUGCCCGCCAGUCUCUGCCCAAGGUGGCCUACGCUACAGCCAUGGACUGGUUCAUCGCCGUGUGUUUUGCCUUCGUGGCGUCUGCGCUCAUCGAGUUCGCCGCUGUCAACUACUUUGCGACGCUGGAGGCCAACAGACUGAAGAAGAAGAAGAACGCCAGGCAGAAAAAAAUGGAGGCCCUGGCUGAAGCAAGUUAUGAUGAGGAGGAUGAUGAGAGUGCAUCAUCUGGUUCAGCUGUGCCCCCCAUCUCAGCGCCGGCUGGCACCAGCCCCAUAGACCAGUACUCCCGCAUCAUGUUCCCCCUGGCCUUCGCACUCUUCAAUCUCUUCUACUGGAUCAUAUACCUGGGCAAGGACACCAUGGAACAGGCCAGAGAGGAUUGAGCCCUGUGCUCCAACUGAUGUCAUCUGCUGAGCAUGUUCUGUAGACACCUUGUUCAUUCAUCUGUUCUUCGCUCUACCAACGAGUACUCCACGUUCACAUUACUUUCAAUCCACACUGGAAAUGAAUACAAAAAAAAACAAACAAAUUAUUUUCCGACCUCAUUUCUAUUCUGUUCACACUUUGUUCUGCCCAGACCUGCUGAGAUCAGUUGUUGAAGAGAUGUCCUUGUCCUUGGCAGAGCGGUGCUUUAAACAUGGAUGCAUUUGGUACUUCUGAUUCUCCAGCAUCCCUGAAGACACGCACACACACACGCUCGCAUGCACACACACACACACACACACGGAGAAACACACAAAUCAAAAAUAAGUGGAUGAUAUAAUCUAUGAUGUCUGUAACUGGUGAUGCAACAGUGAACCAAUGCUGUUCCGAAGCUGUGCCGUCACCCCUCCUCUCUUCUCCUCUCUCUUAUUUUAUGUUUCAUUACAUGGCCUGUGAAAUAGAACUCUACUCAACUUGACAAUAUGAAUUGUGUGACUCACCGACUGAAUUCCUCUGUCUUACAUUCCCUGUCCUUCCCCAGUCAUGGCUCUAGUUCUGGUUGUAUUAAAGUGGCAGUGAUUUUCCUAUUUGCUUUAAUAAUAUUUCCACACCGAUGAAGUCGAAAUAACACUCGGAAAUUGAAGCCUGUUCGGGUACGAUAGGUGUGGUAAAGAGGUCAAUCUAACUUGACCAAAACAGUGGAAUCGCCACGACAACGCGUGGGGGAAAGAUUCCGAAUGUCCUCAUUGUCAACCCAGAAAAAUUAGUAUAAUGUUUAAUAUGUUUUUUGUAACACUGUGUUGAGGUAAAAAUCGGAGUGUAACGCUUGUAUUGAUGUCAAGACCAACACAUGUUCAUGUCAUCAUCACCAAUCAACUGCAUUACAAUUAAAAAUUACUUUGCCUACCACCACAGAUUUCUGUAUGCUAGCUAUGCUACCAGCUUAUGCAAACAGAAGUUAGCAUUUAGCAAUUACUUCUUCUAAACCUGAAAAGGGACUACUUUUAAAUGUCAUGCAGCGAAAACAGCCAAAUGUAUCCAAAUCGGACAUAACUAAUCACAUUGUGGGCCUGUUAUAAUAUAUAAAUCAAGACGAAUUUGAAGAAUAUACACUUCGUUAGGUCAGAUUUGUUGAAUGUUCGGCAAUGCGUUCCGUUGACUCCUUUACCACAUCUACGGAAUGUUUUAUACACAGCAUGACAUCACAAUCUGAUCAGAUUAUUCUGACCAAUGACCAGUCAUCUUUUAUUUGCAUAUGCAUCUUCCUACUUUGAAGGGGUAAGAGGGCUAGGCUCUCUCGAGUCUAGACAAUCCUAUCUGCCAAUCAGGAUUGUGUAUGUAAAUCCAUGUAAUUUUGUAUCAACACGACCGCACGAACAGACUGAGCGUUUCAAUAGGAAAAAAAGGAGGCUCAGCGAAGUAAAUGCUACGAAAUAUAUGUGCAGUUUUUUUCAUGAAAUAAAUACACACAGUGAUUUUA